UCACAUUAGUUUGUAAUACUUGGCCGAUUAAUAAAAAAUGACCAAUACCAAUUAUUUUAAAAAUGGCAAAUCAGCCUCGAUUAAUUGGUCUACCUUUAUUUAUGAAAGUAACAAAUUCAAAUCCAUGUAGUGUUUUAUGUGUGUGUGUAUGUGUCUAGAACAUUACUUUUUACUGGGGGAAAACAAACACACACACACACACACAGAUUUAAAUGUAAUUAAUUUCAUGUCCAAUUUGUAAUUUUUUCUCUCUAAAUAACAUGAUUUAAAUUGGCAUAAUAAUUUUUUCUGCUCUCAGCUGCGCUUUCACACUCUGACCAGCAAGGGUGCUAGAGGGCAGGCGGAGCAGGGAAGGAGGCGCAAAGGCUCACGGUAGUUUUAGUUCUCGGUGGCGGACGGUUGGUCUGAAAACACCGCGAACAACAACAAAACCGAACAUCCUAAAUAGAACACGGGGCUCGGAUCCGGUAGUAGCGUCCGCUGCGUGUACUGCAGGCUCGGCUGAGCUCGGGAGGAUUCCGUCGUCGCGCGGAGAACAUCGGCUUAGUUUGGGGUGUAAAAAUAAACAGGAAGUUGUUGUUAGCUUUGUGGGACGUGUAGUUCCGCUUGCAGGCCGCGGAGAGUAACAACAAUAAAUUAACCCGAGCUUCAGCAGCUUCAUCGCGGGCGCUGAGGUCAACAUGCCCGGCUUCACCUGCUGCGUGCCCGGCUGCUACAACAACUCGCACCGGGACCGGGAGCUGCGGUUCUACACGUUCCCCAAAGACCCUGCGAUGAGGGCGCAGUGGCUGAGGAACAUUUCCCGGGCCGGGGUCAGCGGCUGCUUCAGCACCUUCCAGCCCACCACGGGUCACCGAGUGUGCAGCGUGCACUUUCCCGGCGGGAGGAAAACAUACACCAUCAGAAUCCCGUCUCUUUUCCCACUCCGAGGCGUCAAUGAGCGCAGGAGUCGGCGGGGCAGAGGCAAGAAAACGUCCGCCGGGGUCCCCGCACCCGCCAGCGCCGCAGCCGCCGCUACAGCGAGCUCCGGGAUCAUGAUCACCAGCGUGCUGGGUAACACCGCGGGAGGAGCCGAGGGCACCAUAGGCGGCGAGGCGAGCGACGACACCAUCACCGUGGUUCAGAUUGGCCAUAACGGGGAGUAUCUGGGCACAGCGCGGCUGCCCGUCCCAGCGGAGGGGACGUGUAACACCGCGGCGGUGGGCAACACGGACGCGCUCACUGCCGCCGCCGCCGCCGACGACGCGCCGGUGGAAGGCGCCGCUGCUGCCGUUGCCGCUCUGCAGUUCGUCAGUUUGACCAGCAGCCCGCUGGACCACUCUUACUCCCUGACCACCGGGACAACGUCUGCCGAGCUCCUGCGGAAACUGAACGAGCAGCGGGACAUCAUCGCACUGAUGGAGGUGAAGAUGAAGGAGAUGAAGGCGACCAUCCGCCAGCUGCGGAUCUCCGAGGCUAAGCUGAAGGAGGAGGUGCGGGAGCGGGACCGGCUGUUGGUCGGGAAAGCGGUGGCUUUUCCCCCCCGGAAGAUGAUGUGAUCACCGGUCACUGAGAGAGCGACGAGUCGCUGCCCAGACUCUGAUUGAAAGACAGCGAUUCGAGACCUGUUUUUGUAUAAAACUACGAGCGAUGGCAGAUUAUUUUCUCCACGUAGAAGUUCAUCUUUCGUAGGCUUGAUGUGAAAAGAGUUGGCUGCCUAGAUUAGGUGCUGAUAGUUAUAAUCUCACUGCUAUUCUCGUAAAUCACACCAAUUUUCAACUGUUAACCUGCAGCCAAACUGAGGUCAAUAACACACAUUUCAUGAAUCCAUGUUAGGGACAUCGAUCCGACUACAUAUUUAUAACCACACUGAUGCUAGAAGUUGCCUUGAGUUGUAAAAAUAAAACAGCGUUAACAAAGUUUUUAUAAAAGAAAAUGAGAGCUACGUCCACACAACUUCAUCUUCAUUUGAUAAAUGGUUUGUCCCACCCUUAGGCUGCAGACUUAGAGGGUUUGAACAGUGAAGCCUAGGAAGUUUUUGGCCACCUGUAGAGCUCAGUUUGAGUGGAAGUCAAAAUGAGCUUCUAAAAACUUAAUUUGCAGUUGCCAGUGAAUCACUUCUACGGUAGUAGUCACCACUGGGAUUGACAACUUCCGUUUUUUUUAAAAGUCGGACAAAGCUUUGGUCACAAUCGCAACUCUCAUGACUUCAAAAUGAGAAUCUGUGGCCUGGAUUUGCACCUCUGCUUGUUUUAAAGAUCCAGUGUGUAAAAUUCUGGUGAUUUAUUUUUUCUUUUGCCAGAAAUUGCAAAUCGCCCAACGGUAGUAUUUGUUUUUUUUCUUUUAAAAUGAUUUCUAUCAGGUCUAUGGAGGCGGUCGUUUUAGACCACCAUGUUUUUACAGUAGCCCACAAUGGACAAAAACUAAAUGUCUUUUGUGUUUUGAUGCCAACUGAAGGCUACAAAGUUUAUCAAACACACCUGGAGGUGAAGAGUAAGGCAAAAGAUACUUUCAUACAACAUGCAAAUCAAUAAACAACAAAUGUUACUACAUUUUACACACUGUAUCUUUAAGGAAAAUUCCAAAUUCAUAUCACCACCAAUUUCUUUGUAAUCUGCAGUCUGCGUUUACUUUUUUGAGUUCUGAAAACCACCUGCGUCCAUGCAGGAAGUCUGUGGUGACAAGUAAGGACAAGGGAACAUCUGUUAUGACACGGACAACGAGGUGAAAGUCAAAGAAAGUGUUGACGGAGCUUCACAUCCAGAAUAUGUUGCCCUCCUGGCGUUAGGAGCUCACGUUGUUUUCAAAUGUCUCCCAUUUUCAGAGCUCAGAACUUAUGCAAUUUUAAAAUGGAAACAGUGGGAUGUAGCUUCAGAGGAUUGUCCUAGAACCACAAAACAACGUAACGUCAUCGCUGUAAAAUAUGACGAAUAUGGCGAUCUCACGUCGAAUAAUCUAGGGAACUGCCUUAAAGAAAGAAAGUGAACUAAAUACAGGUGUUAGUCUUGAUUUUAGUCGACUAAUAUCAUGUUGUGGUGUUGACUUAUUUUGUUUUGCUUAAUUUUGAAGUUGUAGCUUUAAUAUAGCGAGUACAGCAGAGAGUAGGUCUUUAUAUUCACAGUGAGAAAAGAAAACAGGUGACAAACUUGAGUUGGUAACACUUGAAUGAAUGAUGUUACAUGAUGAUGAUGAUAACCUAUUUACAUUAGUUUGAUUGAACCUAAUUAUGUUGAAAAGUUGUCAACCAUUUUCUCUUUUUAGUGGACUGUACUGGACCCUGGACCUGUACUGUGUGAACAUCAUAUGUUACUGGAUUAUUUCACCAGGGCAGUGUGUCCCAAGCCUUUUUUUUUAUACGAGGACCCACUUUUUAAAGAUGGCAAACUGUCGCAGCCCAAAUUAAACCAUUAAAGCAAAUUUGUUGCACAAUGUAGCAGCUACUUUACAGCCAUAUUUGUAACGCCUAACAUUAAAUGACAUUGAACAGGCAAACUGGUAAAUUAAUUAAAAUGUUAAUAAUACUUAAAAAUUCUGCUAAUUUGUUUGAGGACCCAAAUAAAAACAUCUAUGAGUUUUUUAAGUAAAGUUAAAGAAAAACGGCAUAAAUUUCUGAGAUUUAAAGUCAGAAUUCUGAGGGGAAAAAAAAUCAGAAUUCUGAGAUUAAAGUCAGAAUUUUUAGAAAAAAAGGUCAGAAUUUUUUGUUUUGUUUCUUUCUUUCAGAUUUUUGUUUGUUAACAAGUGGCCCUAACACUCUUCUGUACGACCCAGUCUUUGGGACUCAGUGCACUGGGUCAGGGUCAGGGUGCCCCCCGAUAGGGUUGCAUCGGGGGUACAGGACGGAGUGAAGGUCACAUGGAAUCUGCCAUAUUUUGCAUUUUGUAAAUGAAAAAACCCGGCGACACUUGUGAGUGUAUACUGCCCCCUACUGUUCUUUGUGAGUUUCAUCUUGCAGACGAGUUCCGUUGACUGCUGGUGCGUCAACAUCAAGCAGGCGCUGGGAACGUGAAGUAGCCAUAAUAUCGCAUAUGUGGAUGUAUUUGAGCAAGUAUAUCCCUGGCUCGUUUUUUGUAACCAAACACUAUUCGUCAUGGCACAGUUAUGGUGUUGUAACCCUGACUUUAUCUGAGAUGCCUUCGCAGUCGUUUGAGUUGCUCAAAAACAUCUGUGCAACAGAAAAAAGGACUUUAAAGAAUUCCUAUAAAACUUGAAAGGCCACUCGAAGAAUGAAAUCAUAUUAAAAAAAGUUGUUUCUUGAGGACA